AUGUACAAGAGUAAUAGUGUCAUCAUAUGUUUAAUCAUAUCAUUUUGUCAAGGACAAGUAACCAAAAAUAUAUCAUGUAUAAUAGAUGAUGGUCAUUUGUUUGAUUUCUGUCCAAUGGUACCAUCGUCAUUAAAGUAUUAUUCGUAUGCGGCAUUGAGUAAUAUCCCAGACUCGGUUAUGACACUCGAAUUUUAUGAUGGUCUCGUACUAGACCCAACCCCAAUCGAUGCCAAUGGCACUACAUGUUACAGACAAUCCAACUCUUCUUUGAAAAUUGACGCAUUUAUCCGCGAUGCCGUCUACUCUGCUCAAAACAAUACAAACCUAUACACCAACUACUCUUCAUCAGUCUCAGAGGCAAAGGCUUCAGCUAUUGAAUGCAUUGAAUUUAUUGCCAUGCGUCUUUGUACUUUAACUUUUAGAGCAAACUAUCCAGAUCUUGAAGAUUCAUGUGGUGGUUAUUGCCCAUCAUUAUUUAAGAAAUGUAAUUAUACAGUGUGGCCAGUGGCAUAUGAACCAACAUUUAAUGGUCAAUCGCUCAAUAUCACUUAUCAAAUGUUCCCAAAGACACUUGAUGAGUGUUAUGCGGGUAUUCUAACCAACACUACAACCAAUUGCACUGUUGCGACAUUGUCAAAGGCACUCGGAAACUUUGACUAUAACUUUGUAGUGCCAGGUGAGGAGGUAGAGAGCGUUGUACCAGGCACCCUCUUGGGUUUUGGUUUAUUAUUGGCUUUCCUAUUACUCAUUGGUACUUUGGCUUUUAUUAUGAAAUUAAUUUUUCUAUGUUUUUUAUUAUUUAUAGUUAGUAUAAAUGGAGAAUCGACGACAAGUACAGAUGGUCCAGUUUGUAUUGAGGAUAAAAAUAAUGAUUUAUUUGGAUUUUGUAAAACGUCUGGGAAUGGAACAGGAAGGAAAUAUGGUUUAGAGGAAUUAACCAGACUAGGUAUACGUUUAACGUCAUCAUUUAUGUCUUCUUUAUCUAGAAAUGGGACUAAUGAGUGCCAUGUUGCAAAUGGUACCUACAAGAUUGAUGUUUUUAUCAGAGAUGCAAUCUAUUCAACUCAACACAAUCCAAGAUUCUAUACAAACUCAAGGGUAUCAAGUGAAAAAGCAACUGCUGAUGCAUUGAAUUGUGCUGAAUUAUUGGCAAUUAGAUUAUGUACUAUGGCUUUUAGAUAUGAUUAUCCAAAUUUUGAGGAUGCAUGUGGAGGAUAUUGUGAAAAGUUAGUAAAGAUGGUUAUUGCAAACUUUGAUGAGAUACUCUUCAAGACUUUGGAUGUCAACAAGGUGAUUGAAAACACUAGAGAAUGGGCCACUCAAAACGAAUGGGAUCAUCAAGAACUUGUCGGUCACUUGAAGAGUUGGGAGUCCAUGUUCACCAUCAAGUGUGAUAACAAGGAUAUGCAAACAUACGAGUUGACUGCCAACGGCAAGGACGCCCUUGACAAUGGUUCACCAGAAUACAGAAUGUUUAACGAUCUCCCAGUCGAUGGUGUAACAAUGAAAGAAGCAAACGAGAAAUAUGGUAGCACAGCAUUUGGAGCAGCAAAGAAUAAGGGAUGGGUCAAGGUUGACAAAGGAAAAGUCGUAAAGAAUGCAGAGACUGUUGAAGAUGUUGCAAGAAAGUUAUUGUCAAAUCUCAGCAUUCUUGAAAAGAAGGAUAUCGAUGCACUCAAAAAGGACAAGUUUGUCAUGGAGAAGAAGAUCACCUAUUUCACUGUAUCACAAGGUGAAAAGUAUAAUAUUAGAAAGAAGGAGGUCUCUGAUCUUACCAUGGAUAUGCUUAAAAAUAACUCUUGGAAAGAUGAAACAUUCAAAUUCAACACUCUUUCAAUGGGAACUAAACCAGAUUCUGGUUUCCGUCAUCCAUUGAACAAGGUAAAGGCUGAAUUCAAGCAAAUCUUUAUUGAAAUGGGUUUCGAAGAGAUGCCAACCAGCAACUAUGUAGAAAAUUCAUUCUGGAACUUUGAUGCUCUUUUCCAACCACAACAACAUCCAGCUCGUGAUGCUCAUGAUACUUUCUUUUUGAGUGACCCAAAGACAUCACACGAUUUCACAGAUGAACAUUUAGAAAAAGUUAGAAAAGUUCAUAGUGAAGGAGGAUAUGGAUCAUGGGGAUGGAGAUAUGAUUGGAAGCUUGAAGAGGCUGAAAAGAACAUUCUUAGAACUCACACGACCGCUGUAUCAUCACGUAUGCUUUACAAGCUUGCCAACCAACCAGGAGGAUUCACACCAAAGAAGUACUUUUCAGUGGAUCGUGUCUUCCGUAACGAAUCACUAGACGCUACUCAUUUGGCAGAGUUCCAUCAAGUCGAAGGUCUCGUUGCAGGCUACGACAUUUCACUCUCCAAUCUCAUUGGUAUCUUUUCCGAAUUCUUUAAGCGUUUGGGUAUUGAAGACAUUCAAUUCAAGCCAGCUUUCAAUCCAUACACUGAACCAUCUAUGGAAAUCUUUGGUGUUCAUUCCAAGUUGGGUCGUAUGGAGUUGGGUAACUCUGGUCUCUUCCGUCCAGAAAUGUUGCUCCCAUUGGGUCUCCCAGAAGGUGUCCAAGUCGCUGCUUGGGGUCUCUCUCUUGAACGUCCAACCAUGAUCAAAUACGGUCUCAACACUAUUCGUGAUAUCUUUGGUAAUAAUCUAAACAUUGAAUUCAUUCAAUCAAAUCCAAUUUGUAUGUUCCCUCCAACUAAAACUUUAUAA